UUUUGUAGGUUCUCACGGUAAUUUGACAUAAUAGGUGAUUUGCAAAGAGUAAUCAGGACUAAUUGGACUAAUUGAGCAUUAUUAAAAGAUUAACAAUAAAUAUAUUAAAUACAAGAUGCCCAGAUCUCACAGUAGCUAAUAUGAUUUCAUCAAGUGAAGAUGCCCUUGCUAUUUUUAAUGCUAAAAUAUCUGUGUAUAAAUCAUUUCUCGCGACUUUACGAAAUGAUUUAAAUCAACUUGAAAGUAAGUAUUUUAAUUUCCUAUGUGAUACAAUAUAUAGUGAAUCUUAAUGAUUGUUUCAGACCCGAACUUAUUGGAAAGGAUAUCAAUGGAUCAAUCAUCCCGAAAAACUACAGAAUUAUCGCAAAGAUCACAACCAGAGUCACCUCAACUAUUAUCACCAUCAUCACCAUCGAAAAGCACAGAGAAUUCAGGAGAAAUCAGCCAUUUAGCGCAAGCGAUCAUUAACGAUCUAUUAAGCGAUGAAGAAUUAGAUAUUGAGCUAGGUGAACCCUCCAUCGAACGUGCUCGCAUUUCAAGAUCACCCAAGCCGGGUACCUCACGUGGCAGAAAAAGGAGAAAUGUUGACCCUGUGGAUCUCAGCUCACUCUGGAAAAAUUUGGGAUCAUUCAAAGAAUUCGACGAGUAUUGCAGCAAAAAAAUUGAUGCUGACGAUGAUAGAAAUUCUUUGAUGCAAUUAAUUUAUGUGAUUGUUCGUACUCUCUUGAAUAUACACCCAUCAUUGGCUGUUGGCCCAAUUGAUGAGGAAACCCUGCAAAAAGAUAAGUUGAACGUACUUACGGCUAACAAAGGUGAUUGGUCAAAAAAAUUUUAUUUUAAACUCAUGGAUGAAUCUGGCAAAACUUAUUUGCGAGAGGAAAAAGAUAAAGAAUUGCAUAACAAAUAUUUGCGUGACAAUCCUGUACGUGACAACAAGAUACUGAUACAAGAUAAAAUUCGAUACAUUGAUUAA